GAGAUGUACGAUGUUCGGAUAGCGAUCUGAGAGGUCGGCCGCGAUAAAGCAUCAUGAGCGAUUUUAUGCGGGUACCGAUUUUGCUUCGCCGUUGAUCUUGUGUAGCAAAAGUGUGCCGGUGGUACGUGUAUUGUGUGUAUACGCGCGACUGGGGUGUGGUGGUAUACGGUGAAUUUCUACGGAAGAAAGGCUUGCAGAACGGAAUAUCAUUAUUUUUGUGUGGAAAAAUAACCUGUUUUGGACACUGCUGGACGGUGCAAUUGUAUCAGGAUAACCAAUUUUAAAUGGAACUACCAAGGACUCUAGAGUUUGGAGAAUAAAGAGGAUAUAUCGACGGUUUGUGGACAUUCAGACCGAGUGUCUGACCGGCUGUUGUAAACUUACUGGACUGUGCAUAAACGUUAUUUUAUUAUUCCAAAAUGGGGUGCGCUACGAGCGCAGAAGAUAAAGCGGCCGCUGAGCGGUCGAAAAUGAUUGACAGAAAUCUACGGUUAGAAGGAGAAAAAGCAGCUAGAGAAGUAAAAUUAUUGCUCUUGGGGGCUGGUGAAUCAGGGAAAAGUACAAUAGUAAAACAAAUGAAGAUUAUACAUGAAGAAGGGUAUUCUGAAGAAGAUUGUAGGCAGUAUAAACCAGUGGUAUACAGUAACACAAUUCAAUCGAUGAUAGCCAUCAUCAGAGCGAUGGGUUCACUCAAGAUUGAUUUCGGAGACACAGAAAGAGCAGAUGAUGCAAGACAAUUAUUUGCCUUGGCUGGGCAGGCAGAAGAAGGGGAACUUAGCACUGAAUUAGCAGCGGUCAUGAAGCGGUUAUGGGCAGACUCAGGGGUCCAAGCAUGCUUUAGCCGGUCCAGGGAGUACCAACUCAACGAUUCCGCAUCAUAUUACCUGAAUGCCUUGGAUCGAUUGUCAGCGCCUGGUUACAUCCCUACACAACAAGAUGUUCUUAGAACAAGAGUCAAGACCACUGGUAUCGUCGAAACACAUUUCACCUUCAAGGAACUUCACUUCAAAAUGUUCGAUGUUGGAGGUCAGAGGUCGGAGAGAAAGAAAUGGAUACACUGUUUUGAGGGUGUGACUGCAAUCAUCUUCUGUGUGGCCCUCAGUGCCUAUGAUCUGGUUCUGGCAGAGGAUGAGGAAAUGAACCGCAUGCAUGAGUCGAUGAAACUAUUUGACUCCAUCUGUAACAAUAAGUGGUUUACAGAGACCUCCAUCAUCCUUUUCUUGAACAAGAAGGAUCUCUUUGAGGAGAAAAUUCAGAAGUCACCGCUUACCAUCUGUUUCCCAGAAUACACAGGAUCCAACACCUAUGAAGAGGCAGCUGCCUACAUCCAGAUGCAAUUUGAGGACCUCAACAAGCGCAAGGACCAGAAAGAGAUCUACACACACUUCACCUGUGCCACUGACACCAACAACAUCCAGUUUGUCUUUGAUGCCGUCACCGAUGUCAUCAUCAAGAACAACCUCAAAGACUGCGGUCUCUUCUAGACCAGGCUGUCUGCGGAUAAAGUGUGGUUCAUAGCAAUUGUUAGGUAUCCUGUGGCGUUUAUUUUCAAAUUGGAACGAUGGUGAUGUUGAUUGAUUGGGGAAGAGUGACUUGAAGUGAGCAGCGGCUGCGUGUGAAACAUUGGAGGAGUCACACCUGUGGUUCCAAUGAUGGAAAAAAAAAUGUCUGCUAACUUCAGCAACUGCUGAUAUAUAAUAUGCAGCAUCAGAACUUUUAUCUCUUUAGCCGUUUCCUGUGUGGGAGCAGUGCACCGGGAUUUGUUUCUGUGUCUAAUUUGUGUAGAGUCAUAAUAACCAAUGCUAGGCACAGGAAAAAUAAAAAACUUGUUAAAAGCUUGCUCUGUUCUUAUUGAAAAAUGAAAUUCUUAUGAAUCAAUUUAUAAUCUGUCGUUUUCUUAGAUGAAUUAUGUUCUAAUAAUAAGUCUUGGAAUGUGGAUCUUGGGGGAAUCACGAAGCGAUGCAAUUAUUAUUAUUAUUAUUUGUGUUACGAUAGGACUAAAAUCUUGAGUACAAAGGAUAUAACUAUCCUAAAUAAUUUAUGCACAAAUGUAAUUAACCUUAUGAAAUAAAAAAAGUUUCAUAACCUUUCAUGUUGCUAUUGAUACCAAUAUAUUAUUUAUUUAUUUUCAAUCAAAAUUCCAGUAUCAUGAGGAAUGAAGAUUUUCAGUAAGAUUUUAGUUUAAAAGAAGACAAUGAAAUAAAUCUCAUAGUAUUGUUGACUUGUUAUAUUUGAUUCAAUUCCUUCUUUUAUGAACAGUUAUGUGUAUACUACGCCGUAUAUUAAUUUAAAAGGGAGGCAUUUCGAAUUUCCCAUAUUAUUAAUAUUGUGCAAGAACUUUGUAAAUUAAAACACAUUGCCAUUUCUUUUUUUUUCAUCAUAUUUUACUUUGUAUUGUUGUCAAUCUUUUUUUGUAAAGUUGUAAAAGGUGGUAUUAAUUAGCACUUUAGGUACUAAACGAAAAAAAAAAGUUUGGCAGACAUCUAAAGAAAUCACUGGGCCAAAUUCAUAAGAUGAACUUAUCAUCUACGUGUGACACAUUCAUUUCAUUUUUUCUUCCUAUAAAAAACAAAAAGAAAAUAUAUGGAUGAUCUUGUGUUUUAGUGAAUUUUAUAAUGGCUUUUUAUGUACAAAGUAAGAUCUUUAAUAACUGUAUUUCCCUUAUGCUUUUUUUGUGAGUAUCCUUAUGAGAAAAAUGGCAAAAAAAAUGACAAAAAAAUAUAUUGCGAAAACUUGUCUGUCGUAGUGUAAGUAUCCAUAUCUAUAAUAUACAUGUAUAUGUAGAAAGGAAUAUGUGCAAGAACUAUAAAUUGGGACUUUUUGAUAAUGAUCAAUGUUAACCUUUCACUUGUAUCUUUUGGAUACGAUUCUUUUUUCUUGUUUAACGCUCAUGUGAUGUGGUAUCAUUAUUGUAUAAAAGAAUGUCCAUUGAUUCUUGUCUUGGGAUACUAGUAGGUAGUACCUCAUCCAUGAAUCCUAAGUGAUUAAAUUUCUCCUGUAAGGAACACCUCUUUAGGUAGGAGGAGUUUUACUAUAUAGUGUAGUUUGUAUUAUAAUGUAUAGAUCUUUGAGACGGUGGCUUGCGGAACCAGAGACCUCCCCGAAUAGCACUUGUUUGAUUGUUUUAUGGUGUAGACUCUAGGUGAUCUACGUGUAAGCCACUCCGACAACCCGUUCGAUACCGGGACCCGUCGAACCGUGUGUGCAGUCAACUGGAAAGGGAUUAUCCAGUGUCGAACGGGUUAACGUCUCCAUCAAGAGAAUGAGAGAGCGAGAGAGAGUGGGCUUUUGUUUUUACUGUCCAUAUUUGAACCGAUAACAAUACUGUGCCUUUAGCACAAAGAUACAGCAGUCAUUGCUGCUGUACCAAUGAUCAGAACAAUCAUAGAGUGAAUGAUGUGAAGGUAUUGUGUCGUGUCUUUGGUUUUGCCUCGUAUUGCAAGAGGUUAUUUGUCAUGACUGAUUCAAGCUUACUUUGGUAGUAUUCUAACUUCCCAUCCUGAAGAAGAGGAAGAAAAAAAAACACACAUUGUAGUUCUCACUAGCGAGCAAGAAUAUAGUAUUUUCAUAUUUUCAAAUUUUGCACCAAGUGGGAAGGCCUCCCACAUGUUUGUCUUUAUAUGUAUCUUUAUGUAUUGAGUAUGCAUUGCUGUAUAUCCCAGCAUAUCUGUAAAACAUACAAAUUGUGAUCUAUCAUUUUAAUUGUAUCAUCAGUACGCAAUCAGUUUACUAAGUAGGGGACAAGGAAGGUUGUAUUUCAAGUGACCAGUUAGACGAGGCAUGAUUGGUAAUACGUUCAUCUCACACCAACAAAAUCUGCCGCAAAGAGAACACAUUUUUCCCCAUUAUCCUCUAUUGUAAAUACCAAUAUCCUGAUUUAAAAAAAAAUAAAGAAAUGACUUUGAAUUGAGAGCCUGUGUGUAAAAAAAAAUAUUCAUGUAAAUUUUGAUGUGAAUAAGCAGUAGUGUAAGUUCACAUAUGCACAUUUGGAGUGACAGCUCACAUUUAUUCUGUCUUCAGGGAACGUUCUCUUUUCACCCCCCCCCCCCCACCUCUUUCUUUGGUAACUCCCCCCCCCCCUUUGUCUUUGGUAGCUUGUUGAUGGUGUUUUUAUCUGUAUCAUUGUCAAUACUGUAAUGUCAUUGGUACAUGUACAAAUUUGGAAGUGACUGAUGUCCCGAUUAUACAUGUAUGCGUAGUGUAAGGGCUUGACGGGAUAAUGAGGGCGACUAUGUACCUGCCCUAAGUGAUAUAUCAUUUUUGUAUACCGGUACUGUUAAGAUUAGCCCUGUGCCAUGCUGACAUGGAAUUGAAAAUACCCACCCUUAAUUGCUGUCAUUUUUUUUGGAUGAUGAUGAUAAGAAAUACUGGGUUAGAUGUCAGAAAAUGUUGCUUCAAUGUUGCAUCACAUGCCAAAAUAAAAGGAUGUGAAUAAAUAAGUGGAGUUCAUUUUCAUUCUGGUGUAAUGGAUUAACACAACAUAUUAUAUAUUUUAAAUCUGGCUUGUUCAAUUCUUUCCCUCUAUUUUCAGGUACUGAGUGAAAGUUACCGAAUAUAUGAAGAGAGAAAUUGACAUAAUUUUAAUAUGCACACAAUUCAUCGACUACCCUAAAAUGUAGUUAAAACCUCUGUGUGAAUCUGUAAGAUCAAUAGUUUUUGCCGGGUGUAAUAUGCCCAAUGUACAAAUACUUUUGUAUGCCUUUGCCCUGAAGAACAAUCAGAAGUGUCGGUUUGUGCACAGAACUACUGCUCUUUCAUACUUGCAAAACUAGAUGCAGUCUCUCUGUUCAUUAUUUUUAUUUCGUAGUCUGAAUGGGGUCAGAUUUCGCAAGUGUGUCUGACAGAAAAUCCCCGUAAGAAUUUCUUUUUCUUCAAAUUAUGUUAUCUGUUUAAAGAAUAUACAAAAAAGAGGUGAGUAAGAAAUGCAAUGAUAAUGAUCAUCUUUGAAUGUAACUUUGAAUUGAUAAACAAAAGAUGAUUAUGAUGUAUAAUCUGUAGACCAGUUACUUUAUGUGUGUGUGUGCGUGAUGGUUAAAUGCACUCUACCUUCACAUUUAUUGGUACCUGGUUAUGUUUCAUCUGUACAGUGUUUUAUUUAGUAAGUUGACUCAUGACAGCUUUUUUUUUGUUCAAAAAUUGUGAAUUGUACUCUUGUUAAUAUGAAGUCUUUAUUGCCUAAGUGUGGAGCAAAUUCAAAAGAAAGAAAAAAUAACUCUUUUCAAGUUGAUGUAAACAAAUAUUUUGGUAGUGAAGAAAAAAAAGAAAACAUUGCCUGAAAGUUGCCAUGUGGAAGAGAUAGGGCAGUGGUAAUGUUUGAAUCAAUUUAUUGGAGUGGCAACCUGUGAAACGGUUGCCAGCGUUGGGUUACUACUGACUGCCUUAAGAUCUUGGCAAAGACGCUGUGUAAGAUAAAAUGUGGCAUUGUCCCUGUAACUUUUGUGUUUCCUGUGAACAGUAGUAGUGAUGAUAUAGCUGAGGUCAGAAAUACAAUUAAUGUUGUUCCACAAAA